UCUGCAAUUGUUACAGCCGGAGCAUGCUGGGGCUAAUAAAUCCCCACAGUUUGACAUCCUUAUUACCCUCAACAAUCGAAAGAUCCAGAGAAUCACUGUAGGGCAGCAGUAACGGAACAGAGAUGUGGUUAACGUCCGCUCACAGCUGCUGUUGGCUUCUUGAUUUGUCUCAAGAAGUGGCCACAUUUGAUCUAUGGUUGGAAACUGCAGGGACUUGGGAAGUAUUGGAGAAAGAGUUGAAGUAAAAAGGGGCAUCGAAAUGAGGCUAAAAAGUAAAUUAGACAAAUUCCAGACUAAUGACGGACUGUGGUGACAAAUGGAGACCUUCAAUCAUCAACUGAACACUUACAUACAGUCAUGGAUGGGUCCCAGAGAUCAGCGGGUGAAGGGAUGGCUGCUGUUGGACAACUACCCGCCAACCUUUGCACUCACAGUCAUGUACCUUCUGAUUGUGUGGAUGGGACCCAAGUACAUGAAGCACCGGCAGCCGUACUCCUGCAGAGGCCCCAUGGUGCUCUACAAUCUGGGCCUCACGCUCUUGUCUUUCUACAUGUUCUAUGAGCUCAUCACUGUUGCGUGGUAUGGUGGCUACAACCUCUACUGCCAGAACACUCACAGUGCACCGGAAACAGAUAAUAAGAUCAUGAAUGUCCUGUGGUGGUAUUACUUCUCCAAGCUCAUUGAGUUCAUGGACACGCUUUUCUUCAUUCUACGAAAGAACAAUCACCAGAUCACGUUUCUUCACGUCUACCACCAUGCCAGCAUGCUGAAUAUCUGGUGGUUUGUUAUGAACUGGAUUGCCUGCGGCCACUCGUACUUCGGUGCAGCCGUCAACAGCUUUGUCCACGUUGUGAUGUACUCGUACUAUGGCCUCUCCGCCAUCCCAGCCAUAAGGCCGUACCUUUGGUGGAAGAAAUAUAUCACACAGUUUCAGCUGAUCCAGUUCUUUUUAACCAUGUUCCACACAUCCUGGGCUGUCAUUUGGCCGUGUGGCUUCCCCUCGGGGUGGCUGUACUUCCAAUUCACUUACAUGGUCUCGCUCAUUAUCCUUUUCUCAAACUUCUACAUUCAGACGUACAAGAGGCAAAGCAUUUUAAAGAAGGAGCAACAGAACGGCUCUGCUCUAUCGAGAAAUGGACAUGCGAAUGGGACACCGUCUACGGAGAGCACUGCACACGAGAAACUGAGGGUGGAUUGACAUUUGAGAACCCAUCACCCGUCACUCGAAGCUCACUGUAGUCUGUUAGCUAAUGCUGCUAGAGGGUGCAUGAACCUUCUUAUCUAGAAGAGUCUAGAGUCACUAGAGAUAGAAAAGCCAUACCCAGAUGUCAACAGAGACUGUCCCUGUUUCAGGUCUCUGUGCUACACAUGGCAGUGAAUAAUGAAGUCGUUAGAGCUAAAGGGCAAGAGAUUUGUAGUAGGGCCGGGUUUAAAUAAAGAUAGUUUGAAUUCAGCUAGAUUCUAAAUGAUCUGAUAUAAAAAUUAUAAACUAAGCCAUUUAAAAUAUUGAAACGAGACAAAAACAAAGCCAUAUGUAAGUUAGAAAUAUGUACAGAAAUAUCCAAGUGCUAAAAACAGGUCAGCUGUUUUUAGCACUUGCAUAUGCUAUUACCUAGAUGGAAGAAAAUCUCCACAGGCAUGUACAGAAAUGAAAGAAAUACCACAAAUCUCCAAAACCAAACAAUAAAUGCAGAAAUAUGCAAUUGUCCCUGGAGACCAAAAAAACCCACCGGAGACGCUAUUUGCAAUAAAUGUUCCACCCAAUUCUCUGCGUGCACGUUUAGGUAUGUGUUAUUUACACUGGCUGCCUGGUGAUGUGCUUUAAAAGCUGCUGUUUAUAAUACACUGAACAUAUGUACUCAUGGUUUUUAAUGCAAUAGAUUUGUUUACCUGCAGUAAAGAAAGCACUAAUUAACAAUCAUCGAUCAUGUAAACAUUUUUUUUUUUUCUAAAUGCACUAGGUUCCUUGUACAAUUUACAGCAUCAAUUUGGUGUGUUAUGAAUUGGAUUUGAAUAGAGUAGCAAUACCCAGUGCUAUAUUGUAGAAUGGUUGACACUGCACAGUAGUCCCUCCUCAGGAAUACAAUAUAUUGUAUACAUACUGCAAUAGAUACAUUGACUCAUUCAAUGAUGCUUUACACGCAGAUCGUCCAAAGAUGAGAGCUCCAGUAGGUGUGUUUCAUUACAUUCAGUGACAUCAACCUAAGGGACAAUUAAAACAACACAGUGCUUAUGGUCCUUAAUUUGUAACUAGAGCAUGUAGCUUGUGUCUUGCCUUAUCUCAUUCCUGCCUGUGCUGUUACAUAAUCCUGAAUUUUGCCCUGUGUAAAACUGAAAGGCAUUUUUAUCGCAGGUGGUAGCAGCAGAAGUUGCAUUUUGCUGUAGAUUUGCAGUGCAGGGUCUCCAGUUGGGAAUAUAGAGCCAUUUAACCAAAGCAUACUGUGUGCAAUGAUUUGUUUCAAGACACAAUGUUGGUUGCAGUAGUUUAUGAGCACAAUUCAAACUCCAGUCCACAUUAACACCCCCAUCCACACAGUUAUGUCCACUGCAGCAAUAUCCAGUAAAUUAGUUUACAGCUUGAAUUCACUGAUAUGAAUUAUUUAAUUCAUAAGAAGCGAAAUCUAGUAGGUCUGCGAUGUUUAUAAGUAACUAUUUAGGUAUCAAAUUUAUCAGGCCAGUAUAAUCAUACUGAAUAAUUCAGCAAUGAAUACUCAACUACAUUAUACACACAAAAAGGGUAGAUUGACACAUUGUGGAUCAUAGAAAUAGACACAAGGUCCAUUUAGUUGAUGUUUUGGAGCCUCUACUUGUCACAUUUAACAACAGAUGGAUUUCUCCCAGGUGGAAGAUCACGUGUUUUUGUUUGUUUGUAUGUUUGUUUGGGGUUUAUUUUUUGAGGCUAUAUGUUAACAGGGUGCCUUCUGGACCAGUUGAUUUAGUUUCUAAUGUAGCAUCUUUCAUCUUUUCAAUAUUCUAAACACAUGUCCAUUUCAGAAUAAUAAGCUAUGCGUUGGAUGUCCUGUUAAAAUCCUGUGCCUAACUCUUUAUUUUCCUUUUUGUCUUUUUUUUUUUAUUAUCUCUUCAAAAUGUUCUCAAUGCUCAGGCUGUUUAACUGGCACAUACUUAACACAACAGCAACGUGUAUCUCAAGUUUAAGGGAUCGGGUUAUAAUUGAAUUAGUUAAGAAUAUCAAUACCACUUUCAUAUAUGAUGAGGUAUGAUGGUUUUCUCACAAACUGCUCAGAAAGAAAGUGAACAAUUAACAUGUCAGAUGAUUUCUUAAACAUUACUAUUUAAAAAGGGCACAGUUUCUCAUUUGAGGCCAUUAACACGAUUUCUUUGUGAAGUAAAAACAGUAGUCGUUUCAUGAGAAUGUUUUUUAUGGGUACUCUAUUUUCCUUUCAGGGUGAUAGAGAAAACAAAGAUGUUUGAAUUAUGAACUGUGAAUCGGACACCCUGGCUGUGACCGCGUUGCUCGACCAAGCUGAUUGAAUUUAAUGAGACUGUGUGGCCUUAACCAUUGAAUGAGCAUGACAUGUUUUUCAAAUGCACACGUAACCUACUUUCUUGUUCGCUGCAUUUGAAAAUAAUCUGAGUAAUACAUCCAGAGCCACAGUUUCUCUGAUUGAUCAAUCUGGUCCACUGAUGUUCAGAUUACACAAAAAGAUGUUGACAAACACGGACCAUUUCUACCCAGAAAUUUAACUAGAGGUCUUUUGUUGAAUUUCCAUAUACAUCUUGGUCAUCUGGUACAGUUCCUCUGUUGUGUGCCAGGUGACAGUGGUGGAGCUAAUAUUUAAGAGCAGGACUAACAUACAGGUAUCAGGUAUAUUACAUACAUUUUAUAUAAUAUUAUAAUUAUAUUUUUCUGAAAUCUGGGAUAAGUAGGUUGACAUGUUGUAACUCAUGAUUUAUUCUAUUUUAAUGCAUUAAAACCCGAUUGUAAA